AUGGAGACGGCCCUCAUCAGCGAUCCGACGGCCAAGCUCCCCGACGACAUCUUGGUCGAGAUCAUCUCGCGCGUGCCGUUCAACUCCGCCCAUGGCUGCAAGUGCGUCUCCACGCGCUGGCGGGACCUCAUCGCCCACCCCGACCACCGCAAGAAGCUUCCCCGGUCGACCCUCGCCGGCUUCUUCUACAAAACCUACGACAUGGCCAGCCGUCCACAUGAUUUGCAUGGUUACCGAAGCGUCUCAGGGAACUGGUGCCCCAUUGACGCCUCCCUCUCGUUCCUGCCAAAAUGCGAGGAGAUUGACUUGUUGGACUGCUGCAACGGCCUCCUCCUCUGUCGACGUUCGAAGCCUUAUCCCGAGGAACCGGAUUAUGUGGUGUGCAAUCCUGCCACUGAGAAAUGGGUAACCUUCCCUGCCAAUGAAUGGUCCUCGGAAUCGUAUGCUCGCCUGGGAUUUGAUCCGGCCGUCUCCUCCCAUUUCUAUGUGUUCGAGUUGGUACCUGCUGUGGCUUUGAAUUGGAAUUUGAAGUAUGAAUAUGACAUCGAAGAGGUGGGGAUCUACUCGUCCAAAGCUGGAGGUUGGACACAUCAAAUUGAAUGGGACGAUCCAAUUGAGAUACGCAACUUUUCAGGUGGCACAUUUCUCAGUGGGGUGUUGUAUUUAUGUUCCUAUAAUAAUUUGGUUGCAGCCAUCGACGUGGAGGGAAACUGUCGUUUCAUUCCUGUUCCUACUUUAAAUGAUGCUCGCUGUGGUCCUUAUAUUUAUGCAUCACGUGGACAAUUGUAUGUCGCAAAUUAUGGUGCUGCUGAAGUAUCAAUCUGGGUCCUUGAAGAUUCUAGUAGUGAAGAUUAUUGGACCUUGAAGCACAAUGAUAGCGAAGUUAGAUCUUGA